AAACUCUCAGACGCCUUGCCGCCCUCGCUCGGUGAGGACCUCAGCGGCACACGCGGCCUCGACCCUCUCUCUCUCUCUCCGUAUCUCUCGCCUCCGAGUUCUCGCGCCCUGACUCACCCGCUCCCGGCUCUGACGUCACUCAAGUUUUCAACGUGUUUCUGAGUGAACGCGCUUGGAUUUCGGAACACCGUUGGCGAGUCCUGUUUGUUGAGUUUAUUAGAAGGUGUUUUAUCUCAAGAUUUAUUGGAUAUUAUAUUCUCCAGCGGGUGAUUAAGAUAAAAGUGACGUUCAUUCAUUUUGUUAUCCCGCUGUUGAGUGCAAACAAAUCAACGUGUCUUGACAAGUUGUUACACGUGUGGAAAUAACAAUAACAAGUGUGCUGUGAUAUCACUGACGUGACAGGCGAUUAAUUCGGCAAGACUAUCAUCUUCCCGAACCAAAAACAAUAUACCAUAAACAAGCAAAGGAAAAGCAAGUGUUUGCGAAAACUUGACUGCUCUCACGCGCCAGUCCCGCCGUCAAAAUGGUACACAAGAUCCUAUCCGAGCUGCUGCCCACAAAGAACUACAAGGUCCUCCGAGACUACGAAAACCUGCCAGAAAAGGUGUGGCUCUAUCCGGAGGAAGGAUGGGCGCGCGCCUCCUGCAACAGCCACUGGCUCCUCAAGACGCCCUGGUGGUCGCGUCGCCACUGCUACGUCCUCGAGGUAGAGGGAACCAAAAGGCACAAGACGGUGGCGCGAGUGAUGCCAGCGCGGGAGGGCGAGGUCGUCGUCGAGGGCACCUUCCGAGGCAUCCCUGACCCCGACUUCCGUUUGGUGUUGACCUCCAGCUUAACCCCUGCUGACCAGCGGCGAGGUUACCAUAUGACCGGAUCACUCGAGAGAGGAGACCGGAAGACGGGGCUCUGGCAGACGACCCACCUCGCUGUUACCAAACGCUCCGGCUUCUCCUGAAGGUGGAACGUCCGCCUCCUCUUCCCGGUGUUCCGUCACUGGCGGCCCUUCACUUCCGCCCGCGCCCACGCCCCAGAUAUUCCCCAGCUCUGACGGGGGGAUCGACUAUGAUCUCAUCCUCACCUGGUGCAAGACUGAGGACCAAAAGUCAACCUACAGGACGAAGCUGAAUUCAUCGGCAGAGCUACACGAGGUCUUUACGAAGACUUCGCUCUUGUAGGCUCGCUGUUGCUUUGAGUGUGUUUGAUUUACCUCGUGAGACUGACGAUAUCCUCAUGAUAAUACUCCUUUAAUAUAAUGAUGGAUAUAUUGAAUGAGCACUCACUCCUAAUUGCUCGGCCUGUCAUCUGGAGAAACGCCAGUGACAGACACAAGCGAAGUUAGUAACAAAUGUGAUUAAGAACUCCUAACUAUAACAAUCAAGCUCGAGGUCGCAACUUGUAUAAUGCUAAAGUUCAUCUCCUUGUAUCGUACGCUGUAUGUCCCCAUGACUGAUGAUAAAAUAUCCUGUGAUCUAAUUAUACAAAGUGUCGAUGGUUCACUUCCGGACAUCUCUCUCUUCGACCUUAAUGACGCCACGCCUUACACACAUGGUCUCUCUUACCCUCACUUGCCCCCCCCCCUCUCUCUCUCUCUCUCUCUCUCUCUCUCUCUCUCUCUCUCCUCUCUCUCUCUCUCCUCCUCUCUCUCUCCUCUCUCUCUCUCUCUCUCUCUCUCUCUCUCUCUCUCUCUCGAUACCCAUGGAUGCCCAUGUGUAUAUUCAUCUGUCAGUGUGUCUAUCUAUCAAUUUGUUUAUUUAUCUAGCUAUCUAACGGCCUAUCUACUUACCUGUGCAUCUAUCAAUCCAUGUAUCUAUAUAUCUAUCCAUCUAUCCACCCAUCUACCAAUCUAUAACUUAGCUAUCGACAAAUACAAUAAUCUUGUCCAUGUUAGUUUAAGUGGGUGAUCAGAACUAUACAGCUUGAUACACAUACAUGUCUUUUGCACCAAAAGAAUACUAUAAAUAACACUCUUUCUUUGAUAUUGAAGAAAAGUGCCUUAGGUGAAUAAACUUUUAAACUGAUCUCGUCCUAAGCAGCAUCUUGCAAUGGCCAACGUAUCUGAUUGUUUGUGAUGAAGCUCGGGUUUGAAUACACGUGUUAUAAUGAUAUAUGUCUGUCAGGGUGUUUGCGUAGGUGUGUGUGUUUGUGUGUGGCCCAAAUGCCGUUACCUGAAGCUGCCUAAGAUUUAUCCUCUAUACGUUCUCGUUGCGCUGUGUAGUUAUAGGUUUAAGUUGUUGCUAACGUGCUAUAAGUCCUCACAUUUAUAUAUUGUUAAGUAUACGAACUUAGGAACUGAUUAUUUUGUUAGUUCAUUGUGCAUUUGACGUUGAUGAAUCUAGAUACAGAUUUUAUUAGUCUCAAGGCUAAAGAUAGAAAUUAUUGUUACAUGUGUUUUAAAAGCUA